UGGUACCAGUUGCGACCUGGUGCAGCUAACAAAUAGUGUCCUGGAGAAGUCUAAUGAGCUUUGUUUCCUUGAAUACUACUUAAAAAAAGUUUAACUUCCUCUGAUGUAUUUAACGCCAUUAUUAGCGCGAAAAUAUACUAUCACAGAGAAAAAAAAAAACAUUUAAAUGCAGGUUAACUAAAGAUUGUUUUGACAAUCUUACUCAGUUCAACAAAGCAUUCUUCGAAGCAUAGCAAUUCAUCUUUCACUGCUCGGGGCUUAGCAAUCAGUUGAUCGUACGAAGCUCAGCUAUGAGUAGGCAAAGAAGAAACAAAACACGAAAGUCAAAGAAGCAACAAGAAAAACUUCAUCUGUUUUAGAAACUGUUGGCCUUGGUUUGUAUCUCUUAGAUUCACUGUUACUCUUCAUUGGUUACCAGUGCACCGUGUGUAGCCAGUCCUCUUCGUGCAUUACAAAACAUGAUUACGUUAUUCCCUGUUCAACCGGUACAUAAUUUAUCGCCUGCCGAGUUGAGACAGCGAAUUGGGAAGGUCAUUUUGGGAUAUCGGGGAAAAUAAUUGAGAUAUCACAAAGCCCCAGAAAACGGAUCACAAAAAUGGGGCGCGAUAUUUCAAAGAGGAAGCGGAAUGGCGAAGGAUCCCAAAUGAACGACCAAGCGUCCUCGUGGGGCUGUGGGGCGCGCUUUAUGGGUAUUCUUGGUGUUUUGACAGUCAUUUUAGUGGUGGCGGUGGUUCAUGUGGCGACCAGCGACGAGCGCAAAACAUAUUUUGAUGAACUCGUUAGUACAGGCGGCGCUAUUCGCUCGGCGCGUGAUGUUAAGUCGCAUUCUGAAGAGGAUUCCGUGGACGUUUGUCAAACUAAUGAUUGCAAAAGGGUGGCAAAAUACAUAAACGCUUCCAUGGAUUACUCCAAAGAUCCCUGUGUGGACUUUUUCGAUUAUGUAUGCGGGGGUUGGAUCAAGGCUAAUCCUAUUCCCAAGAGUUCAUCCACGUAUUCCACUUUUGCCAAGCUUAAUGGGCGCGUGGAGCGCAACCUGAGGCACAUCUUGGAAAAAGGCAUCACAGCUAGUAGCAAAAAGUUGUUUCACUUGCCAAAGGACUUCUUCGAGUCGUGUAUGGAUUUAAAAACUAUUGAUCACUUGGGCGACAAACCACUUCGUGAUUUGAUCAAUGACAUCGGCUCCUGGAGCAUUAAUAGUAAGUCAGGCUGGAAUGAAGACGAUUGGGAUUUAGAGCAAACUUUGUUGAACAUCCACAAGAGCUACACCUCUGCUGGCGGACCCUUGUUUUCUGUCCACAUUAGCGACGAUCCUAUAAACAACACCAGGCACAUAAUUGAGAUAGAUCAAUCCGGUCCUAGCCUUUCGAGAGAGGUAUACUUCGACAGCCCAAAGAUUAUGACAGCGUACAAACAGUUCAUCACAGCCGUCGGAAAAUUGCUUGGUGGUGAUGACGAAAUGAAGAAGCGAGCUGAAGAGAUUGUGGCGUUUGAAAAGAAAUUAGCUAAGAUUAGUGUUCCUGAUGCGGACAAGACUGAUUCGUGGUUCAACCGAAUGACCAUUGGUAAACUGAUGAAGGACGCGCCUGGGUACCCUUGGAUGCAUCAUUUAUCCACUAUAUUUGCUAACAACACAUUGAAAGAUGACGAAGAGAUCAUUGUUCCUGCGCUGCCAUAUCUACAAAAUAUGACAAGGAUUAUCAAGGAGACUCCCAAGAGAAUCCUUGCUAACUACAUCGUGUGGAAUGUUAUACAAGACGAGGUGUCAUUCCUUUCGAAGCCUUAUCGCAAGGCCAGGACGCAGUAUCGAGAGCGUGUCCUGGGCUCCAAAGGGCAGAAGAAGCGUUGGAAAACAUGCGUAACGUUUACAAACGAGCUUCUGGGGGACAUAUUAGGAUCAGCUUAUGUGGAACAUCACUUCACCAACAAGAGCAAAAAAAUGGCGGAGGAUAUGAUAGUGGAGGUGCGAAACGCUUUCAAAGAUAAUGUCAACGGCAUUCCAUGGAUGGACAAGACUACUAAAAUGGCAGUAAUGGAAAAGGCGGAUGCCAUGCACGAUGAGGUUGGUUUCCCACAUUAUUUAGUUGACAAGAAGAAAUUCAAGAAGAGGUUCAAAAAGUAUGAUCACGUAGAGAUAAAGAGCAACACUCUUUUCAAGAAUAGAAUUGCAAUUUUAAAAAUGGCGCACCAGAGGAUGCUUAGUAAGCUAAGAAAGCCUGUCGAUAAAGAAGAGUGGCCCAUGGACCCACAAACGAUUAACGCAAUGUACAGUUUUAACGAAAACGAAAUAAUUAUUCCAGCUGGAAUUCUUCAACCACCAUUUUUCUACGCCAAAGGAAGUCCCAGAUCGUUGAGCUUUGGAGCUAUCGGUUCAAUCCUUGGACAUGAGCUCACACAUGGGUUUGACAAUACAGGGAGAAAGUUCAACAAAAACGGUGAACUAACCGCGCAGUGGUGGUCUCAAGAUUCGUUGGAUGGAUUUAACGCCAAGGCAAAAUGUGUGGAGAAUCAGUACUGGAUGUACAAAGUCCGCGAUAAAUAUCCAAUUAAUGGAAAGCUGACCCUGGGUGAAAAUAUUGCGGACAAUGGAGGUUUCAAAGCAUCAUUUAGGGCUUACAAGAACUGGUUAGAAAAGAACGGUCAGGAAUCCUGGCGACUACCGGGCAUCAACUUCACAAGUGAACAAUUGUUCUACAUAGGAUUUGGUCAGGCAUAUUGCAGUAACAGUCGUCCCACGGAACAAUAUUUGGCGACAUUAAGCGAUAGGCAUUCUGAGGAGAAAUUUAGGGUUAUUGGAACGUUGUCCAACUCAUAUGACUUCGCCAAGGCGUUUAAAUGUAAACCAAACAAGCCUAUGAAUCCCACAAGCAAGUGCGCCGUGUGGUGUAAAGAUGAAAUACAGCUUUAGGACGAGACAGCUGAGGUUCACCUCCAAUUUCCUUGAUGCUAUAGCUAGCUGGCCACAGAUGCAAGGAGACAACCAUUCAAUGAACCACUUUCUAUUACAUGUAGUUUAGCUGACGUCAGCAUUUUUCUAUGGUUGCUUGCUGUAAUCACGCGAUAUUACCAAGCCACCAGAAAUCUGAAC